UGCGCGUGGCCCGCCCCGGGCGCGGGCGGAGGGGAGAAGGAGGGGCGCGCGGCGCCCGGCCCGCAGAAGCCGCGAGCCGCGCAGGAGGACGGAGCCCGGGCUGGGACCGCUGCGCCGAUCUGAUUUGUAUCCAUUGUAACCAGGACUUUCUGGAUCCAGACUGAGGGCUCCCGUGUACACUAGACUCUUGAGCAAUAAGAGCAAUUUUCCUGCAAGAUUGUUGUUCAGAACCAGGAGAAAGAUUAUUUUGGAUUCCUUGGAAGAGGAAAACAACACACUCUGGUCUUGCCCCCAACGAUGCAAGUGUGAUUGCUGGCGUCUUCAUGAGCUCCAGAGGUCACAGCACACUACCAAGGACUCUCAUGGCCCCUCGUAUGAUUUCCGAGGGAGACAUAGGAGGCAUUGCCCAAAUCACCUCCUCGCUCUUCCUGGGCAGAGGCAGUGUGGCCUCCAAUCGGCACCUCCUUCAGGCUCGGGGCAUCACCUGCAUUGUUAAUGCUACCAUCGAGAUCCCCAAUUUCAACUGGCCCCAAUUUGAGUAUGUUAAAGUGCCUCUGGCUGACAUGCCUCAUGCCCCCAUUGGACUGUACUUUGACACUGUGGCUGACAAGAUCCACAGUGUGAGCAGGAAGCAUGGGGCCACCUUGGUGCACUGUGCUGCAGGGGUGAGCCGCUCAGCCACUCUCUGCAUUGCAUACCUGAUGAAAUUCCACAACGUGUGCCUGUUGGAGGCGUACAACUGGGUGAAAGCCCGGAGGCCUGUCAUCAGGCCCAACGUGGGCUUCUGGAGGCAGCUGAUAGACUACGAGCGCCAGCUCUUUGGGAAGUCGACAGUUAAAAUGGUACAGACACCUUAUGGCAUAGUUCCAGACGUUUAUGAGAAAGAGUCCCGACACCUGAUGCCUUACUGGGGGAUUUAAUGCCACCAAAGCCUGCAUCAGCAGCCCUUAAGCAGUGCCAGCAUCUGCUACACACCAUCUGUUCCCCUUUUCACCUUUCUUCUCAAAUGGUUGACUUUUGGUUUUCCCUCAAGUGUUUUUUACACUGGGUAUUCAAGUUUAUUUUAAGAGAUAGGGAGGGGCGGGAGGGACUUACGGGGACUGCAUACAUUGCUAGUAACAUUUUUAAAACUAACAUUUUGGAAUAGUGUUUAUGAAAAUCUUGAACUGGCUUUUAAUCAUUUUUAACAAUUUGAACAGUUUAAUAAACUGGUUCUGCUCUAUUCUGAAUCCCAUACCUUCUGCCACCAUGGUAGGUGCAGCAGGAGCUCAGUGCAAAAAUUAUUUUGGGCCCUGAUUAACCCUUUAGAGACAAGCUUUGCCCACGGCUGCUGACCAAACAGAUGCUUAGGGAAGAUUGAUACCAGCUUCAGUCUCUACUGAAUUAGCCCUAGUCUUUCCUUUCUUGUCUAUUAUUUAGUAACUCUGUAAGUUUAAAUAAAUAAACCUUUAUUAUUUAGCUGUUAAGUAAUUGUAAUGAAAUCUGCUGCAAAAGCCCUCUUGGAAUCAAUGUGCCCAAGAUAUUAGCAUUAUUUUAAUAAAUAUAUCUGCUUAACAAAUUAAAA